UGAAUGUAUUUUACUUGAAGAAGAAAGAAGCUUGAACGAUUGCACUGGAUAUUUGAAGUUAAAAAAAAAUAAAUGAAAAAAAAAAAUGGAUAAAUAUCUGAAAAACAUUCUUGUUGUAUCUUUUGGAUUUUUGCUUUUGUUUACAGCUUAUGGAGGGCUUCAGAGUUUACAGAGUAGCCUCAAUGCAGAUGAAGGUUUAGGAGUAGCUUCCCUGAGUGUAAUCUAUGGAGCACUUAUUAUCUCUUCAAUGUUCGUUCCACCAUUUAUGAUAAAGAAAAUUGGAUGCAAGUGGACCAUUGUUGCUUCUAUGUGCUGUUACAUCACAUAUUCCCUUGGAAAUUUCUAUCCUAGCUGGUACACACUCAUUCCCACAUCUUUGAUUUUGGGAUUUGGAGGAGCUCCCUUGUGGGCUGCAAAAUGCACAUAUCUUACAGAGAGUGGAAACAGAUAUGCAGAGAAAGCUGGAAAGGUUGCAAAGGAUAUUGUCAAUCAAUACUUUGGACUAUUCUUUUUAAUUUUCCAAUCAUCUGGUGUUUGGGGAAACUUGAUAUCGUCAUUAAUAUUUGGUCAGACUCCAGACGCAGGAUAUAAUGUAAAUGUUACUAACUAUGCACGCUGUGGAGCAAAUGACUGUCCAGCUGAAAGUAUCAGCAGCGGAAAUGAUACAUCAACAUCUUCAAAUCAACCAUCAGACAGCCUAAGAUACACUUUACUGGGUAUUUAUACAGGCAGUGGAAUAUUAGCUGUUAUACUUAUUUCUACAUUAUUAGACAACAUUGAUUUAAAAACCGAACAGAAUAAUGAUGGGACCAAAGAAGAAUCUUCUUGGAUAAAAAUAAUAGAGACCCUUAUGCAACUAAAGGAUAAACGCCAAUGUCUUCUUAUUCCUCUGACAAUGUACAGUGGUUUUGAACAAGGAUUCCUUUCUGGUGACUACACAAAGUCCUAUGUGACAUGCAGCCUUGGGAUACAUUUUGUUGGAUAUGUGAUGAUUUGCUUUGCAGCAACUAAUGCUCUUUGUUCUUUGCUGUUUGGAAAACUCUCUCAAUAUACAGGAAGAAUAUCCCUUUUCUUCUUUGCUGCAGCAAGUAAUAUCGCAUGCAUUAUAGCACUGCUUUUGUGGAAGCCUCACCCAAAUCAGCUCGCAGUGUUCUUCAUAUUUCCUGCUCUUUGGGGAAUGGCUGAUGCUAUCUGGCAGACGCAAACCAACGCUCUCUAUGGAGUAUUAUUUGAUGACCGCAAGGAAGCGGCUUUCGCCAAUUACCGCCUUUGGGAAUCAUUGGGUUUUGUCAUAGCCUACGGAUAUAGCACAUUCCUCUGUGUAUCUGUAAAACUGUACAUUAUCCUGGCAGUACUAAUUAUUGCAAUGUUGAUGUAUGUGUGUGUUGAAUAUGUAGAAUAUAAAAAAGCAACAAAUUGUGCACCCAAAAAGGACAAUACUUCCCUACAUAAUCAGACACAGAUGUAAAUUGAAUUUGCUACAUGAAAAUAGGUAAUUUUGUUUAUAUCACACUUAAGAGUCAGAUGUAUCAUCUAUAGUAAAAGUAAGUUUAUUGAGCGCUGCAUUGCCAAAGAUUGGUAUGCGAAAUGCAGAUUGUAAAGCAUGUCAUUUUGUGAGCAAAAUUUACAUUGUUAUGCACUCCAUGGAUACACCCAUUGAAAAAAGGCUCUCAAAUGUAUUUAUCCUAUCCCCUCUGCUUGCGGUGAAACAUAAAUGAGCUCCUGCACUGAUUAAGCAACCACUGUGUGGUAUGUUGCAGGGUCACUGGUUUGGUUCCUACAUCAUCAUUCAUCCUCUUUAACCUUUUAAUGCUGUUAUGCCUUUCUAUUCUGUCAUAAUUACACUGGGCUUUAGAGCCGUUAUGACAACAUAGAACGUCAUAGCCAAUGGCUGUCCUGAAGCCUUCUGUGCUUCCUGGAUUUGAUUGCGGUCUGGAGGGCGUUCCUACGGUUAUAGGGAUGCCCCCCAGACGCGAUCCAAUAAUUGAAAUCUUGCGAUCGUUUGCACAAUUGCAUGGUUUCAAUUUGUCUACAUCGGAACAGUUGUUUCGAUGUAGAGACUUUAGCCCUGGCAGGAAAGGGUUAAAUUAAGUAAAAAAUAAACAGCAGAACUAACAGCAGGGAUGGUAUAUUUAUCUUGUCAAUGUUGCUUUCGUCUAACUGGUAUACAUGCAAAACUCCAGGGAUGCUUUGCAGCAGAGCUCCGCCCACUUAGAUUCAUCCCAAAACCAGCACAUAAAAUACUAGUAGUAUAAUUUAGCCAUACUGAUUGCUUAAAGCAGUUUAAAUAAUCAAGUUCCUCGUCACCUCCCUCACCUCCUCUCAAGCACAUCAUUGACAUAGAAUACCUUUAAAAGAAGUAGCAAAUUAAGAAAGGAAGGGUUACAUCAUUAACCCAUCAGCAUAACACCACAAAGCACUUUAGCUUAUUUUGGGCUAGAUUAUGAGAGGAGUGCAAAAUUGCCCUUCGCAAGAGCGAUAUUUCCUUUCCUCUCAGUAAUACCGGUGCACGCAUUUGCAUUGCAUGGAAGCUUUGAGCUUACGAGAUCGUGCCUCUAUAGGUUCUAAAGGGAUCCUCGUUCUGAUGCCUAUAGACAAGGCAGAGAACCUAGCACAGCGAAGGGGGUAAGUUGCGCAGCAAAUGUUAAAUAUAUAUGUAUAUGAUAUAUAUAUAUAUAUAUAUAUACAUACACAUAUUAACACAUAAAUAUAUACAUAUAUAUUAACAGUUUUAACACUGUCCCCAUAGACAGCAAUGUAAAGGCACCCCACAUCCACUCAGUUUAACCGCUAAUAACUGCUUCAUUAAAGUAUUUAAAAAAAUAAAGAUGAUACCAUUUUUUAUUUUAAAUAGGAACCAUACACUUUAUUUUGGGGGGAAUUGGGGGACAAUUUUUUCAUUAACCAGAGAUCUGAUCUCUUGCGGUAAUGAUGGUUAUAUAAAUGGGCACAUGUUAAAUUAGUGCUCCUAACCCUUUAGAUGUAACACAGCCUGAAAUUAGUGAUAUUACCUCAAAAUGUUUAACCUGCUAACUACUGUCUUGAGGUUGCUGGAAUGGAGACCAAUAUAAGUUGAUAUGUUGAGCAUUUUUUUUUUAAAUGCUAGGAUUUACUUUCACUUUAAAUAGGUAAGGUAGGAAUUUUAUGAGAUAAAUAUAAAUUUUUGAUCUUUGCUGCAGCACUCGUUGGAAAGUUGCAUAAAAAUGCUUAUUGCUGCCAGUAAGGGUAGCCCGGCGGAGAAAUGGAGAAGAGGGCUAUUUGACCCCCACUUUAUGGGAGCGUUGGUAGGCUCCGCUGUGGGGUGGAGGAUGAUAGGAGGAGUUAAAUACUCCUCCCCAGCUUGAAGUUGCAGUUGCAGAGUUAGGAGCAGCACGGAAGGGGGAAGUUUUCCCGCCCUCCCUCUCCAGGAAUAGAGGUUAGGAUGGUUGUCGCAGCUACGGCGGGGUGCUUGCUGUGAUCUAUUGAGGCUUACGCCUGAUGGAUAGUGGCUGGUGCUUCUGUCGGUAACAGAAAGUGGAAAUGGAUGGAGGACGCCCCGCCCCUUAAAAGGGGUGGGGGCUUAUGGAGAGGUUAAAAGAUAAAGCAAGCACUGGGUGGAUUGUGGAAAUAAGAGGUUAAUUUUGUUGAUAAUGUUUAACUUGUGUUAUUGGUUAA